CAAAUCGAGAACUUUAGCCACAAGAUGAAUCCUACAAUUUUCUUGAGCUGCCUGGUGGUCAUCAUCGGUAGCCUUGCGUGCACUGCCAGCGCUCAAGGUGACCAGGAAACCCGAAUUGAAUUCACACGAUUGAAGAAUAUUUUUGGAAAUGAUGCGACUCACCGCGUGACCAAGCUUAGGCAUAUCCCUGAGCUAAUGGAUUUCUAUGAGAAGCACCCCGAUCGGUUCCAAAUGACCCAAGCGGAGCGACAAUCAGCCGAUGAAGCAUUAAUGCAGUACAAGGAGAUCAAUCAACGAAGUGAGCGGGGUUUGUCUCCUCAAGGAGGUUUCUUUGGUAAAUUUCUUUCUCUAGUUCUUACUGUUUUCGUCCCAACAUUACAAAAGGCGAUAGAACCUGAGCACUUAAUUUAGAUUGCUUUUCUAUAUUCCACUACUGAAA